GAUAGCAAGUCUUUUGUCAAUAUUGCUGCAUAAAUAAUUUAGGUUUUAUUCUUUAGUCUAAAAGGACUGAGAAGUUAAAAUCCCUACUCUCAUGGAAUUUCCAAUCUUAGUUUAAUCUUUCUUUGCCUUUAUAACAACUCUAAGACAGAAGGACAAGCAAAGUCUAGGAAAACAGGGUUAAGUGACUUGCCCAGGAGCACACAGCUAGGAAGUGAGAUCAAAUUUGAGCCCAGGUCCUCCCCACUCCAAUCCUGGUGUUCUAUCCACUGGGCCACCUAACUGCCCCCUUUAGUUUAAAUCUAACAAGGUCAGGAGAAAACAGCACAGGAGCCCUGAUGCCUUGUCUGAAGUUCCCUUAAGUAUUCUCAGUGACUUAGAAGGCUGCAGUUGUUAUCUGUCCUUGUGGUUGGGGUCUUCUUCACUGGCGGUAGGCAGAGUUUAACCAUUCCAUCUUUCCUCCCUCAGAGCUCCCCCCCCAUCCCAGUCUUUCAAGAAUUCUUCACUUCCCACCCCCAAGGCUACCAGUGCUUCCUCAAAUAAUUUCUAUCCAGUCUUGUUGGAAGAGAUCUGAUCAGCUCCAUCAUGUUAGAUACUGGGACCUAAUACAUUGUUUAACAAUUUGGAAGCCUCUUUGGACCUCAACUGCAUCUCUAGAAAAUGGGAAGAAAACUCAAAGGCAGAGAGAAGCCCCUUCCAAUUCUAAGAUCGAUCGAUGGUUCCCAACCCUUUUCACAUAGCAGACCAUCAUGAAGUCUCUGAGAAAGGAGCUGGACUGCUUCAGACGUUGGAGAUGCAAAGUACGGCCCAAUUACCUUUGGCACACGGAUGAUCUCCUGGGCCAAGGGGCUACUGCCAGUGUGUAUAGAGCUCGAAACAAGAAAUCUGGAGAGCUUGUUGCUGUGAAAGUCUUCAACAAUGCCAGCUACCUACGCCCCCGAGAAGUACAAGUGAGAGAGUUUGAGGUCCUGAGGAAGCUGAAACAUGAAAACAUUGUCAAGCUGUUCGCUGUGGAAGAAACGGGCAGCAAUAAGCAGAAGGUUCUGGUGAUGGAAUACUGUUCCAGUGGCAGUCUGCUCAGUGUGCUAGAGAGCCCUGAGAAUGCCUUUGGGCUAUCAGAGGCUGAAUUCCUUGUGGUCCUGCGCUGUGUGGUGGCUGGCAUGAACCACCUCCGAGAGAAUGGCAUCGUACAUAGGGACAUUAAGCCAGGGAACAUCAUGAGGCUUUUGGGAGAGGAUGGGCAGAGCAUCUAUAAGCUGACAGAUUUUGGGGCAGCCCGGGAGCUAGAAGAUGAUGAAAAGUUUGUCUCUGUUUAUGGGACAGAAGAAUACUUGCACCCAGACGUCUAUGAACGGGCAGUGCUCCGGAAGCCUCAGCAGAAAGCAUUUGGAGUGACAGUGGAUCUGUGGAGCAUUGGGGUGACCCUGUAUCACGCAGCCACAGGCAGCCUUCCCUUUGUUCCCUUUGGUGGACCUCGACGCAACAAGGAGAUAAUGUUCAGGAUCACCACAGAGAAACCAACUGGGGCCAUUGCAGGCACCCAAAAACGAGAAAAUGGACCCCUAGAGUGGAGUUACAAGUUGCCUAUCACAUGCAGGCUGUCCCUGGGGCUGCAGGCCCAGCUGGUACCUAUCUUGGCCAGUAUCCUGGAGGUGGACCAAGAGAAGUGCUGGGGCUUCGACCAGUUCUUUGCUGAGACCAGCGACAUCCUUCAACGGAUUGUGGUCCAUGUGUUUUCUCUGCCUCAAGCUGUCCUGCACCAUGUCUACGUUCAUGCCCACAACACGAUAGGGAUAUUCUUGGAGGCUGUGUAUAAGCAGACCAGCGUGGAGCCCAGCCACCAAGAAUAUCUCUUUGAGGGUCACCCCUGCCUCCUGGAGCCCAGCCUCCCUGCCCAAUUCCUUGCCCAGACAACUGAGGACAGCCCUUUGACCCUGCUCAAUGAGGAUAGCGACAACCCCACCGGGCUGGCGUUCAGAAACCCAUCCCUGGACGUCCCCAAAUUUGUGCCCAAGGUGGACCUGCAAGCUGAUUACAACACAGCCAAGGGUGUGCUGAGCAUGGGGCACCAAGUGCUGAGGAUCUCCCGGGCACUGCAGGACGGUCAGGAAAUGAUGCUUCGGGGGCUACACUGGGUGGUGGAGGUGCUCAAGGCCACAUGUGGCCGGACCCUGGAGACCACCGGGACAGCCCUCUUGUUCCUGAGCCCCAGUCUGGGCACUGAUGGGUUUGCUUCCAUGACUGGGGAGUCAGAGGUGCCAGAGCUGAAGGAAGCAGGAGAGCUGAGAUCUAAGCUGCAAACUAUUAAUGAGGUCCUUUCCAGAUGUUCCCAAAAUAUUGUGGAGACCCAAACUAGUCUAAUCAGCUUGUCCUCUGAGCUGGUAAAGACCUGGGAUCAGGUACAUGAAGACAGAAGCACCCAGCAGAUUCAGUGCUGCCUGGACAAGAUGAACCUUAUCUACAAGCAAUUCAAGAAAGCCAGGAUGAGGCCAGGGUUGGGCUACAAUGAGGAGCAGAUCCACAAGCUGGAUAAAGUGAACUUUGGACAUUUAGCUAAAAGACUCCUGGUGCUUUUUCAAGAGGACUGUGUUCAGAAGUAUCAGGCGGCUCUCCUGACCCAUGGCAAGAGGAUGAGGACGGUACAUGAGACAAGAAAGCAUCUGCGCCUGGUCAGCAGCUCAGUCACGGCUUGUAAGGCAGAAGCCCAAGAAGCCCAGGGGCAGCUCAGUAAGGCUCUGGACCGAUUAUCUUGGCGGCUUUGGCAGGGCAGAAUGAAAGCAGCUCAGGAUUCUUCCCUUCCUUUGGCUGCUUAUUCCAGAUCCAUGCCGAAGGACCUGGUUCUCCACAUUCAAGAACUCCGAGAGGAGAUGAAGUUACUGGCCUUUGAUCUCCAGCACAAUAAUCAAAUCAUUGAAAGGCUGAGUGGAGUCCCAGCUGCGCCCAGGUCCUUGAGAACUGAGAGUGACGUGGUGGAAUCCUGAAGCUCCAGAGGCCCUGCUCGUCCGCCCUGCAGGGAAGGGCUCCCGGGACAAGUGUGGCCCCAUCCUUUAUCUCUUACCUCAUCCUAGCUGCCUUCAGGCCGCCCGGCGCCAGCAUUAACCACUCGCUCGGAGUGUCCAUUACACUAUGAAGGCAGAGCAGCGGGCUGCUCCUGGUGUGCCCUCAGGACCUCUGCUUGGGUCCUUGGGCAGCCCCACCCGGGGAAUGCUGGGAGAGAAGGGCCAGGCUCCCGCUCCCGAGACCCUCAGGGGCCCUGGUCCGCAGGAGAGGGGCUGACACAAGCUGUCCACCUCUGCUCUGGCCUGUGUCUCCCGGAGCCCGGCCGGCCUCCCGGCUGCUCUCAGGCCUCCUUCCAGGUCCACAGAGGAGGGAAACGGGGACCCUCCAGGGUAAGGGCCGGAGCCCACACGCUUCUCUCUGGGAGAGGCUGAGAAACCCAGCUGGAAAGGGCCCGCGUGCUCUGAGCAUGGAGGUAGGAGAGAGGAGGACCCGACGGACCUUGGCUCGGCAUGCAAUAAACGUGGCUUCACUUCUCCCUUU